UGCCCCAUUCUUAUAGAGACAGGAAGAGCAUCAGAGAAUUUGAUGGUCAUUCCAGAUCCCAGCUCUGUGCCCAGUUAGAAGAUGAUUUCUCUCUCCAACUUGGGUUGAACUUCACUGUAAUAGUGUGAUGCGAGAAUACACUUUAACAACUCAAGUGACCUCAUCUGAAAGGUUUUCCAACACUGAUUGAUGGAUUUUGUAAAUCUUUUUACAGGUUAAAAAUGACAAGGAAUUUGUCUACUGGAAUCUCGAACAGAACACACCAGUUUUGCUGUCUCUGUCCAGAUAUUUAAUAGUCAUAGUCAUACUUUAUUGAUCCCGGGGGAAAAUGGUUUUCGUUACAGUUGCACCAUACAGUGGAAGAAGUGAAACAAGGCAUUCACUCAAUCAUCCCUCCUGCUCAGAUGAUGGGGAGUGAUUCUCUCGAUCAUCAGACCGAUUGGCAUACCCGUCAUUUUACACAGGGGGGAAUCCAUUCAUCUGAUCAUACAGUGGGAAUGAAUUCAAUCGGUCAUCUCAACUGAAGGUACGUCAUCAAGUUCACACUGGGACAAGGCCAUUCACCUGUUCUGUGUGUGAGAAGGGAUUGAGUCGGUCUUUCCAUCUGUGGACACACCAGUCAGUUCACCCUGGGCAGGGGCUGGUUGUCUGCUGAACUUGUUGGGAAGAAUUCACUCGAUCAUCUGACCUAAUGUCUCACCAGCGAGUUCACACCGGGGAGCAGCCGUUCACCUGCUCGGACUGCGGGAAGGGAUUCACUCGCUCAUCUAAAUUGAAGGUACAUCAGCGAGUUCACACUGGAGAGAGGCCAUUCAUCUGCUCGGAAUGUGGGAAAGGAUUCACUCAAUCAUACCAUCUGCUGACACACCAGCGAGUUCACACUGGAGAGAGACCGUUCACCUGCUCAGACUGCGGGAGGGGAUUCACUUGCUCAUCUAAACUGAAGGUACAUCAGCGAGUUCACACUGGGGAGAGGCCAUUCAUCUGCUCAGACUGUGGGAAGGGAUUCACUUGGUCAACCGAUCUGCUGACACACCAGUCAGUUCACUCUGGAGAGAGACCAUUCACCUGCUCAGUCUGUGGGAAGGGAUUCACUUGCUCAUCUCAACUGAAGGUGCAUCAGCGAGUUCACACUGGGGAGAGGCCAUUCACCUGCUCAGAUUGUGGGAAGGGAUUCACUUGCUCAUCUAAACUGAAGGUACAUCAGCGAGUUCACACUGGGGAGAGGCCGUUCACCUGCUCAGUCUGUGGGAAGGGAUUCACAUGCUCAUCUCAACUGAAGGUGCAUCAGAGAGUUCACACUGGGGAGAGGCCGUUCACCUGCUCAGAAUGUGGAAGGGGAUUCACUGUGUCAUCCGAACUGCUAAUACACAAGUCAGUUCACACUGAGGAGAGGCCGUUCACCUGCUCAGUCUGUGGGAAAGGAUUCACUUGCUCAUCUCAACUGAAGGUACAUCAGCGAGUUCACACUGGGGAGAGGCCAUUCACCUGCUCAGAUUGUGGGAAGGGAUUCACUUGCUCAUCUAAACUGAAGGUACAUCAGCGAGUUCACACUGGAGAGAGGCCGUUCACCUGCUCAGACUGUGGGAAGGGAUUCACUACAUCAUCCCAACUGAAAGUACAUCAGCGAGUUCACACUGGAGAGAGGCCGUUCACCUGCUCAGACUGUGGGAACGGAUUCACUCAGUCAUCUCAUCUGAAGAUGCAUCAGAGAGUUCACACUGGGGAGAGGCCAUUCACCUGCUCAGACUGUGGGAAGGGAUUCACUCGGUCAUCUAAACUGAAGUUACAUCAACGACUUCACACUGGGGAGAGGCCGUUCACCUGCUCAGUCUGUGGGAAGGGAUUCACUACAUCAUCUGAACUCAAAGUACAUCAGCGAGUUCACACUGGGGAGAGGCCGUUCACCUGCUCAGAAUGUGGAAGGGGAUUCACUCGGUCAUCCCAACUGCUGGUACACAAGUCAGUUCACACUGGGGAGAGGCCGUUCACCUGCUCAGAAUGUGGAAGGGGAUUCACUGUGUCAUCCGAACUGCUAAUACACAAGUCAGUUCACACUGAGGAGAGGCCGUUCACCUGCUCAGUCUGUGGGAAAGGAUUCACUUGCUCAUCUCAACUGAAGGUGCAUCAGCGAGUUCACACUGGAGAGAGGCCGUUCACCUGCUCAGACUGUGGGAAGGGAUUCACUACAUCAUCCCAACUGAAAGUACAUCAGCGAGUUCACACUGGGGAGAGGCCAUUCACCUGUUCAGAUUGUGGGAAGGGAUUCACUUGCUCAUCUCAACUGAAGGUACAUCAGAGAGUUCACACUGGAGAGAGGCCGUUCACUUGCUCAGUCUGUGGGAAGGGAUUCACAUGCUCAUCUCAACUGAAGGUACAUCAGAGAGUUCACACUGGGGAGAGGCCGUUCACCUGUUCAGACUGCGGGAAGGGAUUCCCUCGGUCAUCCAGCCUACUGGUACACAUGUCAGUUCACACUGGGGAGAAGCCGUUCACCUGUUCAGACUGUGGGAAGGGAUUCACUCAGUCAUCCAGCCUACUGGUACACAUGUCAGUUCACACUGGGGAGUGGCCAUUCACCUGUUCAGACUGCGGGAAGGGAUUCACUCGGUCAUCUCAACUGAAAGUACAUCAGCGAGUUCACACUGGGGAGAGGCCAUUCACCUGUUCAGACUGUGGGAAGGGAUUCACUCAGUCAUCUCAACUGAAAGUACAUCAGCGAGUUCACACUGGGGAGAGGCCAUUCACCUGUUCAGACUGUGGGAAGGGAUUCACUCGGUCAUCUCAACUGAAAGAACAUCAGCGAGUUCACACUGGGGAGAGGCCAUUCACCUGCUCAGACUGUGGGAAGGGAUUCACACAGUCAUCUCAUCUGAUGGUACAUCAGAGAGUUCACACUGGGGAGAGGCCGUUCACCUGCUCUGUGUGUGGGGAGGGAUUCACACAGUCAUCUCAUCUGAUGGUACAUCAGAGAGUUCACACUGGGGAGAGGCCGUUCACCUGCUCUGUGUGUGGGGAGGGAUUCACUCAGUCAUCUGAACUGAAGGUACAUCAGCGAGUUCACACUGGGGAGAGGCCGUUCACCUGCUCAGACUGUGGGAAGGGAUUCACUUGCUCAUUCCACCUACAGAGACAUCAGCGUGUUCACACUGGGGAGAGGCCAUUCAACUGCUCAGAGUGUGGGAAAGGAUUCACACAGUCAUCUCAUCUGAAGUUACAUCAGCGUGUUCACACUGGGGAGAGGCCAUUCAACUGCUCAGAGUGUGGGAAAGGAUUCACACAGUCAUCUCAUCUGAAAUUACAUCAGCGUGUUCACACUGGGGAGAGGCCAUUCACCUGCUCAGACUGUGGGAAGGGAUUCACUUGGUCAUCUCAACUGCAGAGACACCAGCAAGUUCACAAUGGGUAGAGGCUGAUCACCUGCUCAGACUCUGGGAAGAGAUUCUGUCAGCCAUAUCAACCAAAUGUGCAUCACUGAGUUCACACUGGGGAGAGGUUGUUCACCUGCUGUGAAUGUGGGAAGCGAUUCACUCAGUCAUCUAACCUUAUCUAACUCGCGCUUCGGCUGGCAGCGUAAUAUAGGGGGUGAUAGUCCCCCAGCCCGGCCCAACUUCAGAAAUCUCGUUUGAGUGGAUGCUGCAUGAUGUGUCCCCUGUUACAAAUCAGUACCCUGUGUGACGGGGUCCUGAAUUACCCCUAUGAACUGUGCUCGAUUACCCCUAUUAACUGUGCUUUUGAAAAGAGAGAGAGAGAGAGA